UUCAAUGUUAGAGUGGCCAAUGGAGGGUCUGGACAAUAUAAUGGCUUAUCUGUGAUAUAAUAGACGAUAUUUAAUUUAAUUUAUUGACUGAACUAAACAAAGUAUGGACAGCGUUUGUGUACUUUACGGUUUCAAGUUUUUAUUUUCCUUCAAUCAGAGGGGUGUUUUUUAUGAUUGACAGACAAUAUUUAAUCGUAGUGGUUUAUAGGAGGGUCCAAUUUAUUUUCCACUAACUACUCUCGGAAGAUAAACCUAAACAUUAGAAAAUGCGGUAGCCACGUCGUAACCAACUUCCAAUGAAAACACAGUAUUAUUCAUGAUAUGGAUUUUACAGAUACAUUUUUUGGGUGACAAAUCCUCUGAUCCAGGCUCAUCUCACGCUUGACCAGAACCUGCCAGUGUCACAGUUAACGUUCCCCCUCCAGGCCACCCCUCACUUAAAUGAGAAUGUCUCUGGCCCAGAGAGUCCUCCUGUCAUGGACCUUCACCAUCAUAUUCCUCAUCAUGCUGGUCCUCAAACUGGACUCCAAGAUCCACUGGAACUGGUUCCUCAUCUUCCUCCCUGUAUGGACAUUUGACACCAUUCUCAUCCUCAUGCUGGUGGUGAAGAUGGCGGGUCGGUGCAAGCCCGGCUAUGACCCACGGGACGACCAGCAGAACCUGCGGCAGAGGGUGUUGUACCUGGUGGCAAUGCUGCUGAAACUGGGCUUCUGUCUGACGCUGUGCGCCCGGUUGGAGAGGCUGACGGACAUCUGGCUCAGUGUGGUGUGUGUCCCCCUCUGGGCCAUGCUGGUCGGGGCCAUGGUGGAGCUUGGCUACAAUGUCUUUCACUACCGGAGAGACUGAGAGGAUGGAGAGGGAGAAAGAUGGAGAUGGAUUUUAUUUACUCAGUCUAAAGACUGCAAGUGAGUCUGUAAGGGAGGUGAAUGGGAGAUUAUUGUAAUCCACUGCAGGAGAAACUGAACUGAAAAGGACUGUGAUGAAGAUAACAAAUGGAUUGGUUUAUUUUACUACAGCAGAGAUGGAAAGAAGGGGGGGGGGGGGGGAGAUUGCUCACACUAGUACAGGAUGUAAAGACUACUACAAGAGAGACCGAGUGGAAGGAGAGAGUAGUGAAAUGGCACUAAUGACAAUGUAUUUGAGUUUAUAAUGCUCCCAAAUGUAAUCUUUAUUUCGCCAUAGUGAUGCAUCAAGCAAUGUUGCAGCCAUGAUGGUCUCUGCCAGGGGAACUGAAGUCAAGACUGGGACUAUUCCACGGUAACCGAGUGAUGCUGAGACUCAGAUCUUCGACUUUAAAAUGUAUGUCAAACAGAAAACAAUGAUUGCAAACUCCAUGCACAAGGACUACUUUUAAUAUUUUGCACAGAAAAUGUUACUGUAGAUAAUAGGCAGAAUCUACCGCAAACCCACAGCUGAUUUAUUAUUGCUCAGCUAUAAUUAAGAACAUUUGCAUCUGACUGGAAGUGUGCAGAAACUUUUUCCUGUUUCUUCAGAAAAUGUUAUGAAAAUACAUUUACUUGAAGAAAUGCAAAGUUUGGUAACUGAAUUACAUUUUGUGCUGUUUACUGUCAUUUUGUUAACUAACUUUUCAUUGUUUUUCAAAUAUAUGUGUGGGACUCA